GAGAAUGAAGCUGAUCCUUGCAGCCGUCCUGGGCGCUGCCUCUGCCAGCAAGCUGAGGUCUGGAUCUGAAACAGCGGAGAUCGAAGGUGUCAGUCUGGAGACUGCAUAUGCAACUUUCUUGGAGCGUCACGGCAAUCAGCGCGUGGGCGACACGGUCUCGAGAUCCGAACGAAUGGCAGCAUUCGCUCGGAACCACGCGAAGGUUGCGGAACACAAUAAGAGAUCCGAUCGCACAUGGACCGCUGCUCUGAACCGCUUUUCAGACCAGACACAUGAAGAGUUUGGACGAGUUCUGGGUUACCGACGACUUGGCACGUGGUGGAACAGAACUUCCACAUCCUUUGUCCAGGCAGAGACGACGCAGUUCGCCCAGUCUCUGGACUGGGCUUCACAGACCAAGUCGGGAAGGUACUUCAUCGACCAGGGAGCCUGUGGAUCUUGCUGGGCCGUUGCGGCCACGGGAGCGUUGGAGAUGAGAGCAGAGAUUGCGCACAAAAAAGCUCCGAACAUGCUCUCCUACAAGGAGCUCGUGGAUUGCGUUGAGAACCCGCAGCACUGCGGUGGAGACGGCGGAUGUGCAGGGGCCACUGGGGAGCUGGCUUUCCAAUACAUCUCCCAACAUGGCCUCUCUGCAAGCUCCUCUUACUUCGGCGACCGCGAAGCGACCGAGCGAUGCAAGGCAAGCUCUCGAUCUGCGGUGGUCAAGGCCAGCAGCUUUGUGAAGCUUCCAGUGAACAAGCUCUCGCCAUUGAUGAUGGCCAUCCAGCACGGGCCGGUUGUCGUGUCUGUUGAUGGAGAGCCCUGGGGCAACUAUGCAUCUGGAGUUUUCGAUGGCUGCAAAAGGGAUGCUACUGUCAACCACGCAGUCCUGCUGGUGGGAUAUGGCCAUGAUUCCGCCGUGAACAAGGACUACUGGUUGGUCCGCAACUCGUGGGGAGAGUGGUGGGGUGAGAAUGGCUUCAUCAGGGUUCUGCGACACUCCUCUGAUGAGGGAGAUGCUGGAUAUUGUGGGACCGACUACGACCCAAAGCAAGGUGUUGGAUGCGAUGGUGGACCAGCUACCUUGCCGGUCUGCGGUAUGUGUGGAAUUCUCUCCGACUCGGUCUACCCUGAUGGGGUCAGCUCUUUUUGA